AGUUUAUCACCGAAAAUCUGCGCUUUGUUGUCUGUCCUCGGAGGUUUUGUUAGUCAGUCGUGCUCAGUUUUAUUUUCCCACCAGGAAAAGAAACAGUACUUUAAUAAUUUGCCUUUAGAAAUUAUGGAGGAUAUACUUUUUGAUUUCGACCAGGAUGGCACCACGGAUUUUGCAUUUUGGGGACAGAUGGACCAAAACUUCCAGCUUCAGACCCAGCUGGACACCUUCCUGCUGGACUACACCGCAGCCACAGGCCAGCUGUCGCCCUGGUCCUCUUUAGGCAGUCAGUCCAUGUUCCCGGACGCGCAGCUGACCUUCACCGACCUGGACGUGCAGUCUCCAGGGGCGGGGGUCUGCGCUGAAGGGGAAAGCUCCUCCGCGGACGAACCCCUGGAGGUGACCAAGCGUAGGGCGCGGCGGCUGGUGUCCCAUCAUCCCUACAAGGUGCAGCGGCAUGCCGCCAACAUCCGGGAGAGGAAGAGGAUGCUGAGCAUCAAUUCCGCCUUUGAGGAGCUGCGCUGCCACGUACCGACAUUUCCCUACGAGAAGCGGCUGUCGAAGAUCGACACUCUGAGACUGGCCAUAGCCUACAUCGCCCUGCUGAGAGAGAUCCUCAUGUCAGGCUGCGACCCCAAAUCCUAUGUGGACGAGUGCAUGAAGAAUGGCUACAAGAAUCAAACCAACGCGAUCUGGAACACGAGUGAUCUGACAGCCCGUCUCUCGUGGAUAAAGUGGGAUUAACUGAGGAACAUGGGGGACGCUGAGUGUGGAGACUGCAGCAGGGAGGAGGUUCAGGUUUGUUCCUCCCUCUCCUCUCCACAUGUAAAAGAAAGGCGGCCGGCCGACAUAGCAGACCUGACAUCUGCAGGAUUCUCAGCGGGUCACAGACCUCAGGCUGUCUCAACCCCAUCCACUCCUUCGUCCUCGGUGGCUUUUAAUAUUCUAAUUUAUUGUUGACUGGUAAUGGAGAGCCAUUGUUUUGGGGCUGGGGAGGGAAAGAGGGUUGUCCAAAUACAUGGCACUUGUGGGGCGCGCUGGCAUGAGACUGAAUGGACUCCCAAAGGGCUCAUACUUCUGCAUGUAGCGCUGAAGUGUUUUCUGAACUCUCGCUCAUUAGUCCGCGAGUCGAUGUGUUAAAAAGAGCCUUGGUCAUGUAAAUGAGGAAAUGUUCAUGAGAAGCAGAUCAGCGCAGUGCGUUUUAGCAUGUCAGGUGCCACUUCCAGAUAUGGCAGGAAGGCUUGUAGUGAACUGUUUGUUUCACAUGCAUCCUCUUUCAUCUGUUGUGUUGUAUGUUAUUUAUUCAUUUAUUUAAUUAUUAUUAAUUAU